AGUAUUUCUCUUUUUUUUUCUUCUGUUUUUUUUUUUUUUUUCAAACUUCGGUUUCUCCGUCUUUCUUGGAGACAACGGCAGCUGUUUCUUGAUCCAUCCAACCGAAAUCCACCUUCUGCUACGUUCAUUCCAGCACCGUCUGAAUCCCCUUCAGCUUAGAUUUCUCCGAUGGCAGCUCCUUCACCAACUCCCUUUUCACGGCUCUUCAAUUCUUCCGUGGAUGCUUGCCCAACUUCCUUAAAGACAGCAACUAUCCUUGGUCCUAAGCUGAAAUCAGGAGAAACUGAGCAGGCCCAUCUGAGAUUAUUGACUUCUUUUAAGCAUUUAAAAUUCAAGGCGUCAAAGGAACCUCCAGGACUGACUCAGCAACUUGACAAUCGCAAGCUGGAAAGCUUGACUGAAAGUGAAAAUGGGUGUGAUUUGUUUGAAGAUCUGAAACAUCGAUUUCUGAGAUUCAAAAGACGUAAAUUCAAGGAAAACUUAGACCAUUUUCAAAAUCUUGCCCAGGGUCAAGCACCAAAGUUCAUGAUUAUUGCUUGUGCAGACUCUAGGGUUUGCCCCUCAAUUAUCCUGGGUUUUCAACCUGGGGAAGCAUUUAUGGUCAGAAAUGUAGCAAAUCUGGUGCCCACAUUUGAGAGUGGACCCUCAGAAACAAAUGCUGCAUUAGAAUUUGCUGUAAAUUCUCUUAAAGUUGAAAACAUAUUAGUCAUUGGCCACAGCUGUUGCGGAGGCAUUCGUGCACUUAUGAGUAUGGAAGAUGAAGUAGAUUCAAGUAGCUUUAUUAGAAGUUGGGUUGUUGUUGGAAAGAACGCAAGGUUAAUCACAAAGUCUGCAGCUUCCAACCUAAGCUUUGACCAGCAGUGCAGACACUGUGAGAAGGAAUCGGUCAACCAUUCCUUGUUAAACCUGCUCACUUACCCAUGGAUUGAAGAAAAAGUGGCUGAAGGAGCUCUCUCUUUGCAUGGUGGCUACUAUGACUUCAUCGAUUGUACAUUUGAGAAGUGGACACUGGACUUCAAGGCAAGCAACAGGGAGAAAAAUAGCAGAUUUGCAGUCAAAAACCAGUUUUAUUGGUGCUGAAUCUGGUGAAGAAAAAAUAGCGAUUUAGCUGAUUUCUGUUUCUGCCUGGAGAUUGAAACCGUAAAAAUGUAAAUGAGACACUAUGGUCCCGUUAGGAUACAGAAACGGUUUAAUCUCAUCUCAUAUCAUCAUUACAAUUUUA